AUGGAGGAAGAGGCGAAAGAGGCGGAAUUUGAGAGGCGCUUAAACCAGCGUACUUUUGUGAAGGCGGGCUCAAGCGCAUCCAAGGUCCGUAAGGCUGGCACAUCUGUGCCAACGGACUCUGAGGCGUCGGCGUCUGAGGCGCCGGCUCCGAGAGAUCCGGCCGAGCUGACGGCCGAUGAAUUAAGGGCGCUCGCCAGCAGCAGCGUGGCAGCAGUGUACGAGGUGGCUCAGAAAUCGGGCAAUUUAAAGGGCACAAUGGUCAAGAUGCUCAAGGAGUCUGCCGCCACGCUGCAAAAGGUGGUGGAAGCCCUAGCGGGGCGCACGGUGGCGGAGGAGGUCCACCACCUCCAGAAGGACAACGCUCGCCUUCGUCGUGAGACGGAGGCUUUGAAGGCGGAGUUGAAGACGCACCGCAGGGAGUUCUGUGAACUCAGGAAGGAGUUGUCGGCGUCAAAGGCUGGUCCUUCUGAUACCUACGCAGGAGACUGGUUGGAGGAGAUCAGGGCGUCGAUAGUCGCCUCAGUGGGGACACUUAUUGACGCCCGUUUUGCCGGGAUCGAAGAACGUCUUCUCCCGGCGAAGACAAUGCGUCCCCCACUGACGGCGGACAGGCGUCGUGAAGCGGCUGCGCCAGUGGCUGCCCCGAGCCCUGCCCCGAGGUCUUCCCCUCCGAGGCAAGUGCCAGCGCCGGCUGAAGCCAUGGAUGUCGGGGGCUUUGCAGCCCAAGGAGGUAAAAAGAAAGGGAAGGGAAAGGGAAAAGGCAAGACCACGACGCCUGCGCGGCCACUUCCACCUGCACCAGUGGCUGCACCAGCCCCUCCUCCGCCGGUAGCUGGGCCGAGUCGCCCCGCUGACCCGGAAGGAGAUACGUGGGCCACGGUGGUGAGGAAGAGUAAGGGGAAGGCGAAGAAGGCAGCUCCCCCUGCUUCUGCGCCUGUGGCGGCGAAGGCUCCAAAGCCCCCCCAGGCUAAGCCCAAAGUCCCCGCACAACCGCGCACUGCCGCGGUCAUCAUUACGGUCCCUCAGGAGGCCGCUGCGAAGGGCGUCUCCUACGCGAGGGUCCUGGAGAGGGCCCAGCAAAGCGUGGACCUGCGGGAGCUGGGCAUCACGGGGGGCCUUUCUGUGAGAGUGGCGGCGACGGGGGCUCGGCUCCUGGAACUUCCCUCCACCGCUGCGCCAGAGGUGGCGGAUAGGCUGGCGGACAAACUCCGCCAGGUCCUGGACGGGCUAGCGACUGUUUCGCGCCCCGCCAAGAUGGCUGAUCUCCGGGUCGAUGGCCUGGACGAUUCGGCCACAAAGGAGAAGGUGGCUGCGGCGGUCGCAAGUGCGGCCAACUGCUCCGAGGCCUCAAUUAAAGUCGGGGAGAUCCGCACGGGACGUGGUGGUGUGGGGUCGGUCGUGGUCAGGUGUCCGGCCACGGCUGCCAAGGUAGUGGUUGACUCUGGCAGGCUUCUCGUCGGCUGGAGCUCGGCCAAAGUGCAAGUCCUGGAGCAGCGCCCAUUGCGCUGCUUCAGGUGCAUGGGCAUCGGCCACACCUGGCCGGUGUGCCCGUCCGGGAUUGAGAGGGGCCGCCUCUGUUACCGCUGCGGCGGCGAGGGGCACCAGUCCGCGGACUGCAGCGCAAAGACUGUGCGCUGCGCCGUGUGCGCGGAUGCGGGGCGCCCCUCGGGGCACAUAAUGGGCGGGGGCGACUGCCGCCCGCCCGUUACGAAGGGGAAGACGGCCCGACGGACCAGGGCCGCCCCCAGUGAGAGUAGCCGCCAGGCUGGGGAGGAAGCGCACAUGUCCUCA